GGUCAAACUCCACCUCUUCAUCGCUUGAGCUCCGGGCCAUCACCUGGUCUGACCCCGUUCCUUCCGAUGAAGGCACCAGAUUCGAUCCUCUUCGGCACCGGGGAAUACACCACAGGCCUCACGGCGAGUGGCCAGGCCAAGUCUGACAAGUCUUUAGGAGUCGUGGCAUUGACCUUCUUCGACCUGAGAACCAAGGGGAAAGUCGGGGACCGGAUCGCACUGGUGGGAACCAAUGCCGAGAAGGAACCCAAGAUCCAGGAGCACUUCAGGGAGAACUUGACCUUCACGAACAUCGGGAGCAAAGAGUUUGAGUUCUUUCCGAAGUCCGGACGAGAUCCCAAGGCCUACUUGAGCGCCAUCAAAGCUUUUAAGCCGGGCGACCUCUGUACCGUGUUCACACCAGAUGACACUCACUUCGAGAUCUGCAAAGCAGCCUUAGAAGGCGGACUUCACGUCCUGGUGACGAAGCCGAUGGUGAAGACCUUGGCACAGCACAAAGAGCUGGUGAGUAUCGCCAAGGCUAAGGGCGUUCUGCUGCAGAUCGAGGUGCACAAGCGCUUCGACCCCAUCUACAACGACGCGCGGCAGCGGAUUCAGAGCCUGGGCACCUUCGGGUACUUUACCAGCUUCAUGUCGCAGCCCAAGAUGCAGCUUGAGACCUUCCGCGAGUGGGCCGGCAUCUCGUCCGACAUCUCGUACUACCUGAACUCGCACCAUGUGGACUUCCACGUUUGGGCCAUGCAGGGCAUCGCCAAACCCGUCAGCGUCUACGCCACCGCGUCCACGGGCGUGGCGGAGAAGAUCCUGGGCCGGAGCUGCGAGGAUACCAUCACCUUGACGGUGACGUGGAAAAAUAGCACUGGGUCUUCGGGACAUGCCACCUACACGUCCUCUUGGACCGCCAGCAAGUCCGACGUGCACUCACAGCAGCGGUUCUUCUGUCAGAUGGAGCGGGCGGAAGUGACUGUCGACCAGGCGCAUCGUGGCUACUACGUGGCAGAAGAUGAUGUGGGGUUCAACUCCUGCAAUCCUCUCUUCAUCCGCAACAAGCCGGAAGAAGAAGAAGAAGAAGAAGCAGAAGCAGAACGACGACACCGAAACGAAGACUCCCUCGGUCGCUAUGUGGGGCAGGGCUGCUACGGGUACAUCUCCUUCGAGCGUUUCGUGGAGGCAGCGACCGCGAUCACCAAGGGCGAAGCGAAGCCGGAAGACUUCAACUCGGAGCUUCCCACGGGCUACUCCACCGUCCAGGUGACCGCGAUCUUGGAGGCUGGCCGAAAGUCUUUGGAUGAGAAGAGGGUCGUGUCCAUUCUGUACGAUGACCAGGGAGAGGUCGAUAAGUUGGAUUGAGGCAUCUUCCGCGGCAUCCGCGUCCGCCCGCGGCGCGGCGUGAUGAAGCAGGAUGAAGCAGGAUGAGGAUUCGCUGUGACAGCUUCAAUGGGAUCCUC